GUAAAAGCGUAACACGUGUCAAUCUGUGACUGUGCCAAGUGUCACGCCUUGACACGUGUUCCCUCCAUUUAACGGCGAUGAUCGUUUUCUCUGCAUUCUUUUCCAAGACCACCGGCCCUAGCUCUCUAGCGAGGAGUGAUUCUUCUUCUUGAUCGAUCAACAAGCCGCUGCGAUUCAAUCGAUUAAUCUCACCAAGGUGGGUAAUCGCGAGUAGCUAGCGCCUAGUAAAACUUACUCUAGGAAUCCCUUGAUGGGGAAAAAUUCGAGCUCCACGCAACCGCCUCCACAAAUGCUGGGGGAGAUGGCCAAAGAAGGCGCUCUCUCCGAUCCCGCCGUGGUGGAUCUGGACGGGACGAAAUCAGUCGGCGACGCCCUACAAAAUGGUAAGCCUGGUGACCUUGACGACGUUUGGUCGAUGAUAUCGGCAAAUGGCCACUCCGAGAAGCCCGAAAAUCGAAAGAAGCUUUGCAUUCUUAGCCUGGAUGGAGGGGGGAUGCGCGGACUGAUCGGCUCAAGAAUUCUAUGUCGACUGGAAGCAUUUCUCCAGGAGAAAACGAUGGCAAGAGUUAGACUCUGUGACUACUUUGAUCUUCUCGCUGGAACCAGCACUGGAGCUCUGAUAGCUCUCAUGCUCGCGACACCGGACGAGGCUGGCGAGCCACUCUUCACGGCGCAGGAGUGCUGCCGGUUCUACGCCGUGAACGGCCGCCAUAUCUUCCAGCGGAGAUGGUACGAUCCUUUUCAUUUCUCCGUGCGGCAGAUGUAUAGGCCGAAGUACUCUCCUCGGAGAUUGGAAAAAUUGCUCAAGGACUAUCUCGUUCGAGACGGGAGGGAGCUUACGCUGAGAGACACUCUCAAACCGGUGCUUGUGACGGCGUUCGACAUCUCUCAGGCGACUCCUUUCUUUUUUGUGCGCCAGGCAGCCAUGAAGGACGAGAGCAAAAACUUCCGGCUUUGGGAAGUCUGCCGUGCCACGGUUGCAGCACCGACAUACUUUCGUCCGGCUCAUGUUACUUCAGUGGAUGGUAAAGUCUCAGCAACACUCAUUGAUGGAGCAGUAGUGCAAAACAAUCCGGCGCUUGUUGCAGUCACUCAUGCGUGGAGCAACAACACGGAUUUCCCUGAAGCGACUGGUCUCCAAGACGUGAUGGUCUUGUCGCUUGGUGCUGGCCAGCUCGACGAAAGAUACGAGCUUGACGCUGCCAAGAAAUGGGGAUUAGCAGGAUGGAUGCGUCCUCUACUCAACAUUAUGAUGGACGGCACCGCAGAUACUGUGGACUAUCAAUUGUCAUCCGCGUUUGCUGGAUACGAUUGCUCUGACAAUUACUUGCGAAUCCAGCUCUCCGGCCUGCCUAAGAGCAUGGCGUACAUGGACUGCGCGAGCCAGAAAAACAUCGAAGACUUGACACGCCUCACGGACGAGCUCUUGAUGCAAAAGGCCGUGGCACGAAAUGCUUUCGGAGAGAAGAUUGUCCUGGAAGAGACGUAUGAGCAGCGCUUGUCGUGGUUUGCGGACCAGCUGAUAGAGCAGAAGAAGCUCCAUUCUACUUCGGCGUCUGGGGAUAGAGCGCAGCCCAAGGGAGGAGACUCGACGCCGGGGCAUUUAGGACGCCUCAUCUCGCCGGUCUUAAGUCACUUGCUCCAGCAUCAAAGGAGCCAAAGCGGUGGACGUGGAAGAUUUGACGACCGACGCUGCUCGUUAUAGAACACACAGAUUUUACAGAUAUACAAGAGUUCAGACGAGACUUAUUCUUUUCAUACACUCAAGCGAAAGAAAUAGUUACGGGACUUUUCGCCCCGGCUUGAAAGGAUUUUGAUUUGGUAACUUAUUAAGUUCAUACGUUUUUCUCAC